CCGUGUGAUCUGACUUCCGGUUGGAGAAUAAUGUUAGACAGGCCAUGAGCCCAUGAACCCAACCCGGAUGCUAAGCCCAAACCCAAACCCGCCCCAGCUGCUGCUCGCCGCCGGUGGCGUCGGACGCUGCGGGGCCGAACCGAGCGACGGCGAGCGCGGGAGUGACGCCAUCGACCGCGGCGGCGGACGCUUCCGACGAGCUCGACCUCGCGUUCCUUCCUUGGGCCCUCAGUAGGACCCCGGGUUGGUGGAGUACUCCCCCUUCAUCGGUCUGCAGGCGGAUGGGGAAUGUCGAGGGAGCGGGGCUCGGGGGGCGAUGCCGCCGGUGGAGAGGCGGUUGCUGAGGCGGAUGGAGGGCCUUGGCCGCUUCGCUGGAGGCGGAUGCCGUUGUUCGUCCGGCGGCUCGGGCAGGGGCAGGAACCCUUCGGAGGCGGCGCUCGCGUCUGUUGCCGAAAUUGAUCUUCGUGUUGCCGCGAGGACGCGGUGAAACUACGGCGGGCCGCCGUACGUCGCCGAUGCUAAAGGAUAGGCACCACGCCUAUUUUGCUUUCACCAAAGGCCAUGACUUGCGGUGUAGUCUAGGGAUUUAUGCAGUUUGCUUUUGGCGGGGAUUCCAAGUCCUGAACCUGCACUGCACUUCAGGUAUCUGUGGAUGCAAAAAGCUUGACUAGAAGACGGGCAGCAGCAUAUAUCUGCAUAACAUGUCGUAUGUUCUUCAUAUAGGAGCUUUCAAGUACACAAAAGCAACAUCACUCGUGUUUGUGAGAGAACAAAACACAAGUCUGCAGCCAUGAGUGGGGGACCUGACAUGAUCGCAAGUGCCGUGAUUCAGCAUGUUGGCAGCAUGCUCGGUGACAAAGCCUGGGAGAGGAUCGAGCUGCUAUGGAACUUUGAGAAUGAUGCCAAGGAGAUGAAGGACAAAAUGUUUAACCUGCAGGUUGCACUUAACAAUGCUGAGAAGCGCUCCCAGGAGUCCGAGGAUGUAUUGGCGAGACUCUGGCUCAAGAAGUACAAAUCUGUUGCCUAUGACAUGGAGGACACACUGGAUGAGUUGGGCGCCAACGCAAUGAUAUGGAGAAAUAGUACAUGCACGGCUAAAUUUUUCUUCUCAUCAAUCAAUCCACUCGUUGUGCGCAUCACCAUGUCAGAUAAGAUGAGAAAUAUCCGGGUGAUGCUGGAUAAGAUUGUUGAGGACCAGACGAAAUUCCGUUUUCUGACAUUGCCUACCCCAACAAGCCAGGACAGUAAGAAGAAGUGGAGAGAAACCUUUAUUGGUGACAGAGAUGAAAUUGAGGUGAUAGGAAGGGAAAGCGAGAAGAAAGACAUACUGACUAAGGUGUUGCAGAAAAAUGGAGAGAAAGAAAGCUUUAUCAUUCCUGUUGUUGGCCUUGGUGGAAUGGGUAAAACAACAUUAGCAAAGGCUGUUUACACUGACAAGGAAACAAAUAUGUUUGAUGUGAAAGCAUGGGUUCAUGUCUCGAUGGAAUUUCAGCUAAAUAAGAUUGUGUCUGCUAUUAUAUCUCAGGUCGAGGGUAGCCCUCCUGCUAAUGAUGUUGAUCUGCAGUACCUAAAAUCUCAACUUGACCGCAUACUCCAUGGCAAGAUUUAUCUUAUAGUCUUAGAUGAUUUAUGGGAGGAAGAGAGGUCUAAGUUGGAGGAUCUGAUGAACAUGUUGCAAUCUGGAAUGAAAGGUAGCAAUAUAAUAGUCACUACCCGUAGUGAAAAGGUUGUUAGUUUAGUAUCUACUACUACCAUACAUUCUUCAUAUUUUCAUAUUGUUGACCCAAUUAAACUGGAGAGUAUGUCAAUUGAUGAAUGUUGGUCUAUUAUGAAGCCUUGUAAUCUCGGAAAUGGUCAACUUACUGACCUUGUAGACAUUGGAAAGGAUAUUGCACAGCGAUGCAGUGGAGUACCUCUGGUUGCUAAGGCUCUUGGUUAUGUGAUGCAGAAGCAGUGCACAAGAGAAGAAUGGUUAGAAAUUAAAAAUAGUAACAUACUGGAUAUUAAGGAUGAUGACAAAGGAAUGCUGAAGGGCUUGCUGCUAAGCUAUUACCACAUGCCUCCACAACUUCAACUUUGUUUCAUGUAUUGCUCUAUCUUCCCUAAGAACCAUGAUAUAGAUCAUGAUUGUUUGAUCCAGCAAUGGAUUGCUUUGGGGUUUAUUCAAGAUACUAAUGGGCAACAACCACUUCAGAAGAUUGGUAGGGAAUAUGUUAAUGAAUUCUUGGGGAUGUCCUUCCUAACAAAUUUGACUCCUACAGUGCCGGCUUCAAGGAGUUUUGAACCCACACUUAGACUUCGUAUGCAUGAUAUGGUACACGAUCUCGCAAGGCAUGUUGCUGGUGAUGAAUUAUCUUGCACAAAUGGUGUGGCAAACAGCACUACUAAGGGGGGCAAAUUGAUUUGUCACUAUCAGCUAUUGAUGAAUAGUAACGAGUCUCCAUCCUCUAAGUCUUUGCCACCAAAGGUUAGGGCCAUGCAUUUCAGGGAAUGCAAUAAACUUCAUCUUCCUAAGCAAGCAUUCUCACACGCAUUAUUUCUGAGAGUUUUGGAUUUGAGUGGAUGCCAUGUGUCAGAGCUACCGGGUUCUGUUUGUAAACUAAAGCUAUUAAGGUAUCUUGAUGCUUCCAACCUUCCUAUCCCAAACUUGCCUAAAUUCUUGAACCGUCUCCUAAACUUGCAAACCUUGAUACUUUCAAACACUUCUCUGAAGGCACUGCCCACAAACGUUGGUUGCCUCCAAAAGCUGCAAUACUUUGACCUAUCAGGAUGUGUCAACCUUCAUGAACUUCCCACCUCUUUCGGUAACCUCAGUGCUUUGCUCUUCUUAAACUUGGCAAGCUGCCAUGAACUGCCUACCCUUCCAGAAUCCUUUGGCAAGUUGCAUAAGCUUCAGUUUUUGAACCUAUCCGAUUGCUACAAACUCCACUCACUACCAGAAUCUUGUUGUCAACUUGAUGAUCUAACACAUCUUGAGCUGUCAGAUUGCCAUAAUCUUGAAAAGGUCCCAGAUUGUAUUGAUCAACUUUCUAAGCUUGAGUAUCUGAACAUGACAAGCUGUUCCAAGGUUCAAAUGUUGCCCGAGUCUCUGUGCAAACUCAUGAUGUUAAAGCAUCUAAAUUUGUCGUUCUGUGUAAAACUUAGACAUCUGCCUGCUUCUAUUGGUGUUUUACGACUUCAGAGUUUGGAUCUGCAAGGCUGCUUUUUCCUUGUUGGCCUUCCGGAUAGCAUUUUUAACAUGUCUACACUUGUACAUGUCGAAAGAGGACUUUUUGCAUUCCAUAUACGUUCUGAAGUUGAUAAACUUAGGGAACAACUAAACCUGGAAAGGUCAUGUGUGCUUGAUGGACGUGGUGAUCUAUGGAGUCAAAUUUUAGAGCUCGAGAAGACACCCUGCCUUGAGCUGCUGAUCAAAGGUCUUAAGAAUGUCAAGAAUCUGGAAGGGGCAGACCAGGCAAAACUGUUGAACAGCUCAAAUCUUACGAGUCUGUGGCUUUCAUGGGGACAUGGUGAAAGUAGUAUGGUGGAGCAUGCAGAUGCAUCAGUUGAGAAAUCGGUGCUGGAGAAGCUUGUGCCUCCUAGAAAUCUCCGACACCUUCAUCUUGAUGGUUACAUGAGCAUAGACUUCUCUAGGUGGAUGCUGGAGCUUCCUUCCUACCUACCUCAUCUUUCCACCAUCUUUCUUUCCAAUCUGAAAGGGUGCAGCCACCUCCCUCCACUUGGGCGCCUGCCAAAUUUGAGAGCAUUGUGCUUGGCUAGAAUGCCCAAUCUCAAAAGUGUCGGGAGGGAAUUUUAUGGGGACCACGGAAGUUGCUGGAAGCUAAGAAUGAUUCUUUUGGAGGGAAUGGACAACUUGGAAGGGUGGUGGACAACGAGAACGUCUAAUGAAGAUGAAGAGUUCUUAAUCCCUAAUUUACAUCUGCUGUUUGCUUCUAAUUGCCCAAAGUUGAAAUUCCUGCCUUAUCCCCCAAGGAGCGUGACCUGGGCGGUACGGAAUAGCGAUCACGUUUUUCCGGAACAUGGGUUUGGGAACCUCUCAUCUAUCACUUCUCCAUAUUACCUUUUGAUAGCGGGCACAUCCCCUUCUCCUGAAGCGUGGCAUAGGGCCCGGUAUCUCUGUUCUAUCGAGAACCUUGCUCUUGGCUCCCUCACGGGUCUUACAACAUUGCCAGAGGUUAUCCGAUCUUUCAUCUCCCUCCGGGUAUUCUUGGUAGAGGACUGUUAUGACUUGGAGACACUGCCAGAAUGGCUGGGAGAUUUAACUUCUUUGAGACAAAUUGAAAUCGGCUCAUGCCCAAUGCUAUCUUCACUGCCAGAAAGCAUACAGCGUCUUACUGGGUUAAAGAAACUGCGGAUCGCCAACUGCCUAGCACUGUCAGAGAAGUGCCAAGGAGAGGACAAGCACAAGAUCGCUCAUAUUCCAGAAGUCAAAUUCGAGUAAAAGAAGCUUCACACCUCAUCUAGCAUGGCCACCUUGAGGGCUGUCAAGGAUCUACCAUAUACUACCCGACCUCUCAAAUCAUAGUUAGCUUUUUGUUUGAAAUGACGGUUAGCUGUCCAAAUUCCAUAUGCAUUAUGUAUACAAGGAGAGCCGGGUAUCUCUGUCCAAAUGCCGUUGCCUGUGUAAAGCAUCAUGUAGGUCGCUCUCUCCAGGGUCUUAGCUGACCGGCCACUUCAAGAACCGUUGUAGAACAGCUCGAAGGCUCAACCGCCGCCUUCACGACGGUGACCUGGCGGCGGCACGCUCUUCACGCCGGUCAUGUUGCCCUUGCAUAGCGCAAGGAGAACCUGUUCAUGGCCUCGUCGAACUAUCGGGGGGGACGGGAGGAAUACGUCGGGCCACCUGACCGUGACGUUGUGCACGGCGUCACUGUACUCAGCAUGGCACCGCCUGCCACCGGGAGUGGCGCCACGGACGUCCACGCUGGUCCGACGUGGCACCACCACCUCAUAAGCUGAAAGUGUCGUCGAAAUGUUCUUGCCUGUGUAAAGCAUAAGUGGUGCAGCACAGGCAACGGGAAAAGGGAGAGAGAUGGCCUGAAAUUUGUUGUGCAUCGUGCCUGAGGACCACAAUGAUACUGCUGCAAAAUGCGUGAAACAGAGAUGCCUACAGAGCUUGUGCUGGUGGAGUACAAGUGCAGCACUUGCCUACAAAGCUGCAGCACUCUGUUACUGGCUCAAAGGCGACUCAGGUUAGAGCUGUAGCAGCUGGUCAACUGAAAGUCCAACAACAUGCUGAACCCCAGCACCCCUUUCUCCAGAUCGAACACCAGCAGGUUGUUCUCCAUCGUCUUCCCGCCGAUCACCAUUGCCAGCUCGCCAUCAACCGGCAUGGCGCCCGGCCCCAUCUCGAGGAUCCCGACGCACAUGGCGCCGUCCACCUGCACCAGGUCGUUGUUAUUGAACACAGUCCAGUUGCUUCUGGCGCCGGCCAGCUCCAGGUCGAUCCUUGGUACGUCGUAGCUGAUCGGCCGCUUCAGCAGCGGGAAGGCGCCGUUGUAGCACAGCUGGAACGGCUUCACCGCUGGCACACGCUUCACAUCUUUCAUCUUCCCUCUGCAGCCUGGUUAUUGCAUCGUCGAACGCCUGGAUCAACGGGCGGAACACCUCCGCCCGCAUGAUGGUGUACGGCGUGACCGUGCUCAGCACGACACCGCCUCGGCCGGUGCGGCCGUCGAGGUCCAGCGCACCGUUGGGCAGGGAGGCCGCCACGUCCACGCCGUGCCAGUUCACGGAGAUGCCCUUGACGGGGAUGUAGUGGCCGCUGGCCGGGGUUCCUCGGGUUCGCGAGGAGCGGCGCGUACGGGAUGGAGCCCGUGUACUCGACGAGGCCCCGCGACUCCGUCCCCAGGUACACCGGCGUGUCGCCGAAUGCAGCGAAGGCCGGGAGGCACAUCGCGAACCUGCCGCCGAAGCCGCGCGCACUGCGACGGCUAGCUGCAGGAUGCAUGCUGGGUUGCAGUUGCUGCAGCAGCUGGCCUAUAGCCAGUGUCCCAAUUAGCAGCAGCUAUAGUGCUGUGCGGCUGCUGCUGAAGCGAACAGGCAUGGUGCUGGGUUGCAGUGGCAGCGAAGGUGGCAUGGUGCUUCCUCUUCUUCUAGCGACUGGAAGAGCUUUGGGUUGUUGAGAAAAUGAGAACUGGAGAUCGAUGGUUUGAUCCUGUUAUAUGUGUUUGUAUAUGCAGAGACGUUCAGGCUUUAUUUUGCGUUGCUAAAGGAGAAGGAAAGGAAGUGUUGGAGUUGACUUAACGAUUAAUCAGAUGCGGAUAUCCGUGGAUACAA